AUGGGCUUCAUCUUUGUCCAGAAGCUGACGCUCGAGCCUGAAGCGCCGCCACGACGUCAACAUCCGGGACGACGACGGAAGAAUUUGACGAAUGACAUUGAGAUGAGGACGAUGACGAUCAACUACUUCAUCGUGGAAAACGCAAUUCUCAGGCGUCGACGCGAUUCUGAAGAAAUCGAGGCAGAUGUCGCGGAAAACGAAGCUAUGAGUUUUCGACGUCAGCUCGGUGACGACGACAAGGCAUUUCGACGCGUGGAAUUGAGACGACGACCACUACGAUCAUUUGAAGAAAUCGAAGAAGAUGUGAUUGAAGAUGAAUCUACAAGGUAUCCACAUGACGUCAAAAUACGUGACGACGACAACAAAUUUUGGAUCGGGGAAUUUGGGACGGUCACGACGCCAUCUGCUGAAAUCCAGAAGAUACACUUUGAACGGAUUUCCAGAUUACUCGACGAUGGUACUGAAGUGGAUUGUAUGGCGCUGAUCGUCGACGUCUACUGC